CCCCGCGCGGCCGCGUCCCUUCGGGUCCUUGAGCCGGGGCAGACAGCGCAGCCAUGGCCUUGAGGCUCCUGAGGCUGGUGCCGACGUCGGCGUGUGCCCGCGGCCUCACUGCCCGCGCCGAGCGCGUGGAACAAAUUCAUAGCAGCGUACAAUGCAAGCUACAAUAUGGACCUCUGGCCUUCCUCCUUGGUGAUAAGACAAGCAAGAAACUGACAGAGACAAGCAAAGUGAUAACUGUAGAUGGCAACAUAUGUUCCGGGAAAAACAAGCUUGCAAAAGAGAUUGCAGCAAAACUAGGCAUGAAACACUUUCCUGAAGCUGGAAUACAUUAUGCAGACAGCACUACAGGAGAUGGGAAGGCUCUUGACGUACAACUUAGUGGCAACUGUAGCUUGGAGAAAUUUUAUGAUAAUCCGAAAAGUAAUGAUGGCAACAGCUACCGUCUGCAGUCCUGGCUGUACGCCAGCCGCCUCCUCCAGUACUCUGACGCCCUGGAGCACCUGCUGAGCACAGGACAAGGUGUGGUCUUGGAGCGUUCCAUCUACAGUGAUUUUGUCUUCACGCAGGCGAUGUACAACCAGGGCUACAUCCGAAAGCCAUGCUUGGAUCAUUACAAUGAGGUGAAGAGGAUUACUAUCUGUGAGUACCUGCCACCCCACGUGGUCGUCUACAUUGAUGUGCCUGUGCCCGAGAUCCAGAACCGGAUCCAGAAGAAAGGAGAUCCACAUGAAAUGAAGGUCACCUCUGCCUAUCUCCAGGACAUCGAGAACGCCUAUAAGAAAACCUUCCUCCCUGAGAUGAGUGAGAAUUGUGAGGUUUUGGUGUAUGAUGCAAGAGAAGCUCAGGAUGGAGCAAAGGUGGUAGAGGACAUUGAAUAUCUCAACUAUGAGAAAGGGCCCUGGAUCGAGCAGACUGACUACACUUUGCACAAACUGCGGAUGCUGGUUCAGGAUAAGUUGGAGGUGCUGAAGUACACAACUAUCCCUGUCUACCUUCCAGAAAUCACGAUUGGAGCUCACCAGAGUGAUCGCGUCUUUCGCAUGUUCCAUGAGCUGCCGGGCCGCAGGUACUCCCCUGGGUACAAUGCCGACGUGGGUGACAAGUGGAUCUGGCUGAAGUGAACAACACCGUGUACCCAGACUGUGUGUCAGCGAGGAAGACGUCUGCUCUGCCUGACUCGGGGACGCCAGAGCUAAAACACAAAUGAUCAGAAAAUAACUCAGAAUUGUCUUGCAAAAGCAAUCUGCCUGUGUGCAGUCAGAGGUGAAAAGAUCAUCUUCUGUUGAAAAGGUUUCAGAACCUUCUGGCUUUACUUUGGAAUCAUCAUAAUUAUCACUGGGGGAUAAAAAAGCAAAAACUGGUCUGCUCUAAAAGACCAGCUCUCACAAAAAGCAUGCCAUCUUGUCACAGCGGCUUCUUGUGCUCUCUUUCAACUUGUAGAAAUAAAGCUGGCUCUGUGUA